CUUCUAAAUGUUCAUUCAAUCUCCUGUAGUUGGUCUUGUCUCAUUAUUGUUUCUUUUAUUGGUCACCUUGUCUACACAAGUUGAAGCAAAGUAUUCCUGCUGUCUUAGACCUACCAAUUAUGGAUAUUCGUCUUAUUGCUUUAACAGUAAAACCAAAAGAGUAUGCGAAGAAAGUGGGUUGACGUACUAUUCGGGAUUUGCAGGAUUUGGAAACGGAUGCGAUGUUGGUGACCUGCAGAGUCUCGAAGCAAGAAGAAAAUUUUCUAAGUUCGAGUCAGGAUGUGGCGGAAGAGAAACAUACAAGACCUAUUAACAAAUUGGGAAAGACUAUGAGGCUUUAAUGUGCUUAUUUUAAAUAACUUUGGUUCUCGAUUAUUAAAGCAUGCUUAUCUGUUACCGUUAAAAUAAAAUUCUACACAUGUACCUAUGUGUCUUCUUUCAAAA